UUUUGUCGGCGAGAGGCUUCAGGCGAAGAUGUCGCUCUCAAGCAUCAUUAGAAACCAAGGCAAUGAGUAUUUUCGUCAAGCUUGCCAAGGCAAAAACCUAGGCCUUCAGAAAACAAGGGAGUUAUAUGAACAAGCGUUGGCUCGCUACUACCAAGCGAAGGAGAAGGCCGAAAAUCAGGACGACGAAUCUUCUGCCGCGAAGAACAUCGGCAAAGCGGCAUGGAGGAUAUCAGGUGUUCUGGCACAGAAGAUGGAUGGAUUUCAAAUCAUUCUUCACUAUCAGCACGAAGCAGUCAAAGGUUUAUGCGCCGCGUACAAUCGAAGCGAGGAUUGCAAAUCGGUACAGUGGCGAAGCGAAGUUCUAGGAACACUGAACCUUUGUUUACAAGAAGUGAUCGAUUCGUGUGAUACAUUUCCCACCGACAUGAAGAUUUAUCAAGUCGAGAGGCUCGUUUCUCUCACAACAGUGGAUAGAGCCACAGCAGAUCUACACUUGAAGUUGGCCAGCCUCUACUUCCACGACGGAGCCACCAGACUUCAGGAUGGCGACUACAAGACGUGCCUUUCUCGUAUGCGAGAUUGCUAUCGCCCCAUCGAAGAAGUUAAACGUCUAGCUCGUGUUACCGAAGAUGAACUCGACGAUCUUUUGAGUGAAAGUGAAUCCUUGGAGCAAGAUGUAUUCUAUCACUCAUGUUCUGCUUCAUCUAUGCAGGCUCGACAUCAUGGAGACCAUCUUCUCACUGUGGCCUUGCAGGACGUGGAAGAACUGGACAUGACCUUGGUUUUUGAGGUCAUCGACUGGUACAAGCAAGCUGUUGUUCUCGCAAGAGAGAUUGAACUAGAACAGGAAGCGAUCGCGGAAAGCAGACUGGGAGUUGUCUAUGAUAAGGUGUUAAAGCUAACACACCGUGCCAAAACGUACUUCAAUCACACUUUGCAGCUGGUUGAGUCCAUGAAGCCUCGUGUAUUUACAUCGCAUGACUGGUACAAGGAAUGCGUCGCCACCCUACAGAGAUACCAGGAAGAAGUGCGACAACGAGAUGAGGAGGAGAAGAGAAAAGUACGAGCUAAGUAUCUAGAGGAACUGUCAGAAGAGUUAGCAGAUAUCAAGAAAAACAACACCACUGCUAUUGCUCUGAUAAAACAUGUCUACACUAACUAUCCUCCAAAAACCUCUUCCUGGGAAAAACCAAGUGAUGAUGACAUGGCCAAAUGGGAUUCAAUGGAAUCAGGCACAAAGGAAUUCAAGAAGCUCCUUCUCAAGGCGUUGGCUGUUUUCCAUCCUGACAAGGUCGAUGAAAAGGAACAUGGAAUGAAGUGGAAGGUGCUAAGUGAAGAGAUCACAAAAAUGAUCACUAAUUACUAUGAAAAUACCAAGUUUGCAUGCUGAACUGUUAGAUAAAGUGACAAGAAUGCCACACCCCUCCCUGGAGGGCAACAAGAGGGGGUAGGGGAACUAAAGAAUAAAAGUGUCAGAAAGGUACUGAGGAGUUUUUAAGAGGUUUCAAUAUUUCAGGAGGUAAUAUACGUUCCUCCAUAUUUGUUUGUAGUUAAUGGUAUUCUUUAUAAUAUUGUGGGGUCCUUUAGAUUAAAUUUAAAAUUACUAGCUUAUACUUUUUUCUGAUAUGAUUAGAUUUAGAAAUUGCAUUUUCUCUUGUUUCAAACUUUCAGUGUCCGUCCGUUCCUUCCCCUAUAUGGGAGGAGUAGAUAUUUGUGGUAUUUUAGUAAAUGUUACUUAACUUGCAUCACUCUUUCUUUUUUGGUUAGCAAUUCACUUUCUGUACCCCCCUCAGACACUUCUGCUAUGUAGUUGACCCUGUCUCAUGAGGAGAUACUUAGUAGUGUCCCCUAAGAAACAAACUGGGACUAUGACUGAAUUCUUUGGUACAACAUAGUAAAGUUUCAGUUACUUUAAUUGUUAAUACUUACUCAGCAAUGUAUAAUUUUCUUUUAAGUGUUGACUGUAGGGACCUGUAGUUUUCAGAAUCUUCCAUGCUGACUUCUCUAUGAUAUCAAGUUUGUUGUGGUUUGUGAGGUGUGCAAUGGGGGAGGGGAGGGUAUCUUCCAUUUUUUAUCACUUUAUUGCUGAAAUUACUGGUACUGAUUUCAUGUAUUGGAUUAGCUAAUAACACCCAAUUAUGUAUCUUUGUUCCUACCAAUAUAAAAUUAAUGCGGCCAUUUAAUUUGUAACACUUCAUUGUUUGAUUUGAUCCAGAAUAUUGAUAGCGCUAUUAUAAGUUGGUAGCUUUUAGUUUUUAAUGCAGUUCCUGUUCAAGGACCAUAAUAAACAGAUAUGUCUUGUCAUUCC